AUGUCGUAUGGCACACCAGAUUGGCAGGGCUGGGUUCUGAAUGAGGAAGAUUCGUUGCCCCUGCUGGAGCACGCCUACAAGUCAGGCAUUCGUACUUGGGAUACAGCAGACGUCUACAGCCACGGCAAAUCCGAGGAGAUCAUUGGCAAGGCCAUAAAGAAGUACAACAUCCCACGCGAGCGUCUGGUCAUCCUCUCAAAAUGCUAUUUCGGCGUUGACCCCGAAAACAUCGGCCUCCAGCCUGGUCCCUCCACUGUCAACGAUGGUGAAUUGCUCAACCGGACCGGCCUGUCCCGCAAGCACAUUCUAGACGCCGUUGAUGCCUCCGUUGCCCGUCUCGGCACCUACAUCGACGUUCUACAAAUCCACCGCCUUGAUCGAUCCGUGCCCCGAGAAGAAAUAAUGCGAGCCCUCAACGACGUUGUCGAGUCCGGGAAGGUCAGGUACCUUGGUGCCUCCAGUAUGGCAGCAUGGGAGUUUCAGGAGCUGCAGAACAUUGCCGACCGCCGCGGCUGGCACAAGUUCAUCAGCAUGCAGAAUUAUUACAACCUGAUCUACCGCGAAGAGGAAAAUGAGAUGAUUCCCUACUGCAAUCACAUCGGUGUGGGCUUGAUCCCUUGGUCUCCAGUGGCCCGCGGCGCACUGACUCGACCCUGGCAUGACCGCGAGGAUAGCCUCAGGGAGAAAACCGACCGAUACUUGCAGGUCAUAAUGAAGAACCGUGAGGACAAAGUCGACGAGGAGAUCAUCAACCGUGUCGAAAAGGUUGCCAAGAAGACAGGUUAUAGCAUGGCACAGGUGGCUAUUGCAUGGUGUCUGAGCAAGAAAGGCGUGUGCCCAAUCCUAGGACUGAACAAGAAGGAGCGCAUAGACGAGGCGGUAGCAGCCUGUGAUAUCGUGCUCGACGAAGACGACAUCAAGUGGAUGGAGGAGCCUUAUAUGCCCAAACGCCGCCAAGGAUAUUGA